CACACGUAAUCGUGUACAAGGAUAUUGGACAUAACCAAAUAUGUCACUUCUCUUGAGCCCCGCGGAAGCCGUCUAUCGAAACGAUAACAAGGCGGACAAUCUGUUCCUUUCCGAGGAUGAAAAUGAGGAUUAUAACUUUAAGUACGUGCCCGCAAAUCGUUUCAAGUAUAUAAUAAAAGAUGUACGCCGACAGCGAUGCCGAGAGGAGGAGGAGAGUGUGUGGGCCUCCUUCGUCAAGCAACAGGAGUUGAACGGUUAUGAUAGAAAUUAUAUCCAACCGUCCGUCCAAAGUAUCAAACAGCUACUGGACGAAGGCAUGAGGGAAGCCGACAAGGAACUCAAGAGACUGGAAACGGAUGUCCUACCGGACAGGAUAAAGAAGGAGACUGGUGGCAAGACUGGGAAUGAUAAGCGAAAGAAGCCAAAGGUAAAUAAUGUCAGGGAUUCGACUCAGAAGAAGGCACCGACCAUGAAGGAUACCGGAACGGGUAGCGCGAAUCUGCUGCUCACGAUUCCCGAGGAAGAGAACAUUCCCAUCCACGAGAGGAGGCAGGAGCCCGAGGAUUUUAAGUCGUACGCCAGGAGGUCUCGUUCCAGUCACGCCAUAACGUGGAAGAAGCAGCCUGUGAGGCAGCUGCGUCCAACCACGACCAACGGCGUCGAGUGCGACUCUAGCCCCGAGAACAGUGAGCGUCGCGACAGUGUGAUUCACGUACGACCGGACCCGUUCACCAUGCACAAAAUUCUGACGAUGCAGAGGAGGGUCUGCGAGCUGCUGGACGAAAUCGCGUUCCGACUGGGCAACAUACCGACGCCGGACGGCAUCAAGGAUCUGCAGAGGCGGCAGCAGUGCGUUGCCGAGUUCGUCGUGCGAUUCUCGCGGAACUACCUGUACGAUCUCAACAGAUACGUGAAGGACAUACAGAGGCACAUGUACAUUAUCUCGCCGCGGGCGCGAAUACGACCGAAUCACCGAAGCCUCGGGCUGCACAUGCACGCGAUCGAGCACAAACUGCUCGCCGCACACCAGUUGCUGCUGCACGCGUUGAUCGCCUACUGCAAACACAUUCCCAGCUCCAUCCUGAAGGGCCACCCCGGCAAGUUCAGGGAGAUAUUGCAAGUAGUUAUCGAUCUGAAGACCAUGUGCGAUAGGCUCCACCUAAAUUAUCUUGAUUCGGGCGACACCGACAUUCUGUCGUUGGGAAAGGAUAUUGAGGGCAAGUGUAACGCCAUUCUGUCAAAGCUAAAGUUACACAUGGACAACGAGCUUGACAAUAAAACGUCAUCGAUGGCAUCCUUCACUCCGCACUCGGCAAACAACAAGAAGCGAGUCAAUCGCAAACAAUUAUCUAAUCGGCUCAGCAUGUACAGUAUGGGUGCCAAAGUCCCCAAAAAUAAUCCCAGAAGCAAAAUCAAUAAUUAUCAGAAGGACAAGAAGUAUAACGCGAUAGACAUUAGGAAGGUUUCCAACGAGUCGAUAUUGGAUCAACCGUAUCCAAGUCCCGUAACACCAUCCAGGGAUCAAGUCGAUAUUAAAAAGCACAGAACGUACGCAAAGGAGGAGGAUAUAAAAACUGUGAUGGACACGUUACCUAUAGAUUCAGAUAAUGGCAGCAAUCCUGACUCACAGGAGAGGCACUAUAGUGCGAUGCUUACGAGGAGAAUACCAAAGACGUCGAGGAAAUCGUCUGACAAGUUACAGCACGCGAAGUCGUCGGAGACCAUAGAGGACAUUGUGAAGAAUACCUGCACAAACAACGAUGACAAUUCGAUGAAAAAUGUGACGACGAUCACGGAGGAACAUUUAUCUAACUUGAUACCGAUUAUAGCAGACCUCAUGUCGUUUGUCUCCAACAACAAACAAAGUGAUCCUGCGGCAAAGACAAUAUCGACCACCACCGCCAAGCAGCUAAUGGAAUUUCUCCAGAAAUAUCAGUCGCCUAAAAGCACGGCGAUCAGUGCUAGCACGAGCCGCGACGUGUGUCAUUCUUCUACAGAGAGCAGCUACGAAUGUGAACACCUCAAAACGGACAGAACUUUAAUCGGAACACAGAAGAGUGGCGAGAAUAUGCGGCUGAUUUGCGUGUCGUCGAUAGAGAAUGCGCCGAGAAUGCCGCGCUGCUGCGACGCGUCGUGCCAAGCGGAUUGCGAGAGACUGACGGGACUGCCCGACUUUGAAAUGAAGAUGAAGGAGAGAAACCGCAUAGCGGACGCCAUGGAUAAUAUCGAGCUUGUUGUUUCCGACGAGAUCGAGAUGAAUUUUCUCCAGUAUAAACGCGAGUAUCAACGUCUGAUGCAAUCGAUCCCAAUGUACUCUAGCAAUACACAAAACAAACCGUGGGACAUCGUUGCCUGGAUAUCGGACAAACUCGUGGAUGAAUUAAUAACGGAAAUUGCAAAGGAGCUGCAAAUAGACGACGUCAUACGGAAGCUGUUCGAGUUGGAGUUCCAGGAGUUCUAAUGCUACUGUGUCUCUUCUGCACUCUUUUGUCAAACCAAAAGAAACAAACAAAGAGAAAUCGUGCGAAGAACUCGCGCGUAAAUUUGAGAUCUUUUAUAUAUACGAACUGCAAAUUUUGAAAAUAAAAUAUUGAUUUUUUAAA